GUUUUGUUUUCGUCAUCAAUUGAAAUGCUGAUAGCUGAUAUAAUAAAUAAUAUAAACAUACAUUUUAAAAUUGAAUUUGAUUAAUGGUUUUAUUUUCAAAAGAAUUCUGCACAUGUUCCCAACGUUCGACCACCUGCGUAAAUAUUGGUGCUAAGUCGUGUUAUGUCUUGAAUAAACAUCACUUUCUCAUAUAAAUAUUUUAAAAUACAGAAGAAACGACAAAAUGAACAAUCAAACGCCAAAGAAAAAAGUAUGUAUUAGUUUUAGUGAUGCCUCAUAAUCAUUUAUAAAAUGUUUUAUUGUACCCAAUGAUAGCAAUGUUCAAAUAUAAAAUCACAUUGCACCAACAAAACUGUUGAGUUUCUGUUGUCUUACUGAAAUCCUCUCAUAUAUUCAUAGAUAAGAUAAACUAACUAAAUAAAAUAAUAGUAUAUAACUCUGUUCAAAAGCUCAGUGCCUUGAUAGCAGAGAAGCGUAGUCAGAAGCAGAAGAGAGACAAUAGUGAUAAUUUGGUUCUAAUGGAUCCACAUGAGGCAAUCAACAGCUAUGUACAGUUUCAAUGUAAGAAAACAGGCUUCAUAGAGCAAGAGAGUCCAGAACAUUAUUGUUUAUGGGAUAACAAUUAUCCUGAGCAUCCUGGAAGAGUGUCUGUACCUAGAAAAAGGCUAGAGGAGCUACAGUUAAUAGAAAGAUGUGAGAAAGUAACACGGCAAACAUUUUCAGAGGAAUUAUUUUUGAUGAAGCACACCAAAGACUUGAUUGAUAAAUUGAAAAGGAGUUCCUCCAUUCCAAGGAAUGAGUUGGAAAAAUAUUCCUCCAAUUGGGACUCAGUUUAUUUUACUAAGGAUACUUUUCUAAGUGCUGUCACCGCUGCAGAAUCAGCUUUAACACUAUCAUUAAAGGUGGCACAAGGGUCAUUGAAGAAUGGCUUAGCUCUCAUAAGGCCACCUGGUCACCAUGCUAUGAAGGAUGAAAUGUGCGGGUACUGUUUCUUGAAUAAUGUAGCUCUAGCUGCGGAUGCGGCUAUAUCAAAACAGCUGACCAAAAAGGUUUUAAUAGUUGAUCAUGAUGUUCAUCAUGGCCAAGGAACACAGCGUUUGUUUUAUGAAAGGGACGAUGUUCUGUAUUUCUCCAUCCAUCGUUACGAAAACGGUCUCUUUUGGCCAAAUUUACGAGAGAGUGAAUCUGAUUAUAUAGGGGAGGGCAAAGGCAAAGGAUACACUGUGAACGUACCACUGAAUGAAACAGGGAUGGAUGAUUCUGAUUAUUUGGCAAUAAUUAUAAACAUAUUGCUACCAAUAGCCUACGAGUUCAAACCAGACCUAAUAUUGAUUUCCGCGGGAUUCGAUUGUGCUAUUGGAUGCCCAGAGGGAGAAAUGAACGUAUCGCCACACUUUUUCGCUCAUUUGGUAUCGCUACUCUCUGGCUUAGCAGAUGGAAAAGUUGUAGUAUGUUUGGAAGGAGGAUACUUUUUAGAAUCACUAGCCGAAGGUGUUGCAUGCAGUUUGAAAGCUCUUUUGGGUGAUUUCCCCCAUCCAUUAAACAUAGAUUCCAAACCAACUGUUAAGGACUCCUUGCAGAAAGUUAUAAAUAAUGUGAAAUAUUUUUUGAGAGAAUAUUGGGAAUGUUUUAAGCAUGAACCAAGCUUUGAUUAUCCCAUAGAAGGUAGAGAUAUAGAUGAAGAAAAUGAACAUGUGACUAAUAUUCGGUUCGAGUUUGUUGGACCUGUAAUUAUUCCUUACGAGACUACUGGGUUUUAUCCACAAAGGAGUGAUGACGAGAUCAAAACAUAUAACCAGAUUGUUGAUGAUUACAGAAAAGAAUAUUUGAAUGGAAGAAAAUGUUCCAACGUAGUGGGAUACGUUUAUGAUGAUCAUCUUUUAAAGCAUGGCCCAACGGAAAAUUUGGGCAAAACAAUACCUGAAAGGUCGGAAAGAUUGACGGAAAUUAUAAAUUGCUGCGAAAAGUUUGGAUUGAAAGAACGGUGUAAACUUAUUGAGACAUCUAAGCAUGAUGAGAGAUCUUGGUUAGAAAAAAUACACGAAAGAAACUACCUCAACACAGUCUUCCAACUGGAAAACGUUCCAGAAAAGCCAGAUUGGUUUCACAAUGAAUACACUAGUUCUUGUAUACAGAAAUCGAUUUCUUCGAUACUGUCACUGGCAAAAGCAAUACAUAGUGGUGAUAUAAGGUCUGGAACUGCUAUCAUCAGGCCGCCUGGGCAUCAUGCUACAUUUGAUUCUAGUUCGGGAUUUUGUUUUGUUAACAACGUAGUUGCGGCUGGAGAGUACCUCAUUCGACAAGAAAAGUAUAAAAGAAUUCUAAUAGUCGAUUUUGAUAUUCACCAUGGAAACGGUACACAAAAUUUGACGUACGAUAGAUCAGAUAUACUUUAUCUAUCUGUGCAUCGAUUUGACCAAGGCAAAUUCUUCCCAACUUGCAAGGAAGCAGAUUGUACCUAUACGGGUAAAAAUGCUGGUGAAGGGUACAACGUCAACGUUCCAUUUAAUAAGGGCAGUAAAGGUGACAGCGACUAUUGGUACGUCUGGCAUAAGUUGGUGCUUCCAAUCGCAUAUUCCUUCAAUCCCGAGUUUGUGAUCAUUUCAGCAGGUUUUGAUGCAGCGUAUUUUGAUCCACUUGGUGGUGGAUAUCAACUGACUCCGGAGAUGUAUGGUCAUUUUAUAUAUACCCUGAAGUCAUUAGCCUCAGGAAGAAUGUUGGUGGCACUGGAAGGCGGUUAUCAUGUCGAAAGCACUGCCUUGUCAAUGGUGGCUUGUGUCAAAGCACUUUUAGGUGAUCCUAUACCAGUGCCAAAUUUGUCUGAAAUGGUGUCAGAAGAUACAGUUGAUACUGUAAGGAAUGUGUUGAAAUGGCAUAAAAAGAACUGGCCGAUGCUGAAAGUGAAUAAAGCUAUUGCCAACUGGUGUGACUUCACUGGACCCAACAAAAGUUGAUGAGCACAGGUCCUCAUUUAUGGACAAAUAAUAAAUCUUAUAAAAGACAAUAUAUGAUACAACUUACGUUAUAUCUAAUAAUAACAAACUGCUCAUAUAAUGAAUUUAAUAUAUCAUUCCAGUAUUUUAAUAUCUGUAAUUUCUGUGUAAUUAUUAAUAUUUAUUGACUAUUAAUGUUUGUUGUUUUAAAUUGUUAACAAUAAAAACCGUAAACCUG